CAGGGCCAGUUCGUCUAUCUUAUUCCCGAGUGAGCGUACGUUGGAAAGGAAGAUCCCAGGAAGAGCAGUUCGCAGUCCACGUCUCCUCAGACGCACGAGUGCGCCGGCUCGCUUCCCUCUCUUUCGGCGUCUCACUUUCCUGAUCAGAGUCUGCAGUAAAUCUGCCGCAAAUGCGACAAAUAUUGGAAAUAGAUCCACAGGUGUUGCAUGGACAUACUACUCCUUGACAUAGUGCUGUUCAUUCAGCAUUCAGACUGAUCAAAAGUCCUUUUUGCAUUUGAAAUUUUGCUAACAAAGUUUCAGAUAUCCAUUCCUACUCUGCAUUAGUCAAGUUUUUUGAUUUCUCAGUGUGUUUGAUCUUGUAAUAGCAAUUCAAAUUGCAAUCCUUAAACACAUCAACCUGUUUCUCCGCAAACUAAGUGCAUAGCUUUACCUCUGACUUCAGUAAAUAAAUACAUAGAAGUCCACGUUUUGUUAAAAGCUGUACGUUUUGCAUUAGACUUUUUUAUUUUUUAAUAUGAACUAACAUUUUCCAGGGCUAGCAAAUCUCUCAUAAACAUUGGCUCCAGUACAUUUUAAGUCAUCAAAGUGAUUUAAUUUGCAAGUUAAAAAAAAUAGCAGUUGGUUUACAAAUAUAAUCAACUAAGUUGUAUUGUGAUAAAAUUAAAAAACAAAACAAAACUGUAAACUAUUCUGUGAUGGGGAGUUUAUCAGAAUGUUUCGUGGCUGAAAUAAGACAAAUUGCCUGGUAGCAGCUGAGGCAGCACAGCACCUCUGCCUCAGAUUCAGAUAAGGUAUUCGUUUUUAAGCUCCAAUAGGUCUUAAAAACCUUGGGUCUCUCCACCAUUCAGUCUUAGAACUGAAGAAGCUCGGAUGAAAGGUGAACUGUCUUCAAGAAGCAUAAACAAGUCCAGUCACUUUUCUUUGGAAGCUCCUUAGAUUACCAUGACCUGGAUGACUGAGAACCUACAUAGACAUAAAGUGAAUAAUAGCUUUGUGCACUUGUUAAAAUAAAGAAAAACUAUAUAAAAAACACAAAAACUUGUUAACCAACAUUCAAAUAUUAUUUAUAGCCACAUUUGAAAUGACUGUUUCUAUAUUUCUCCUUGCUCACAAUUUUGCUGCUCAUUGGUGAGCAGUAAUUCAAAGGUGGACUAUGUGGGCUGGUGACACUUCCCUCCUUUCCUCCCUGCAGGCUGCCUGCAGGACUCCAAUCAUGUGGGGCGGGGGUUGUUGUGUAGGAAUUUGCUGAUGUAGUCCUUCAGUUAUAAGAGGCUUUGAGAAAUGGGCUUAGGACCUAGCAUGGAUAUACCUCUCUGUAACUGUUCAUCUUUAUUUGCCGCUCUUAUUCCAUCUCUUUCAACUGUUUUCAUUUUCCCAGAUUAACAACUGUUAGCAGUCCUGUUGGCUGUUAUAUGAAGGAAUAGAGGAUGCUAUUACUCAUCACAGUAACAAAGCCAUCUUUACACCAUAUGCAACCUUGUGCAAAUAAAAAGGAGCACACGAAGAGCCGUGGACACAUGAGGUGCAAACUACAAAGCAAGAAUAGAUAAUUUCCAAGAAGAACCUGGCCUUACCACAAUAUCUUCUUGACCCUUUAUUACUUCAAAUUUCCUUUUUUUUUGUUGUUGAGGUAAUUGAUUUAUUGCCUCAGUUCAUAGAAUCCACUUCACAGGAUCCUCACAGUGCCCCUCAGAGGGGCGAUGCCCGUCUUGCUAAAUGCCGACGCCUCUUUUAGCUCCAAACAGGAGCUCCUGGACCUGCAGGAUUGUCCUCUCAGCAGAGGCCCCUCUUUGGACACCCCUAGUCCUGUGGAUUCCCAGACAGGCAGCCCCAUAGGCUCUGGUCUCAGAAACCCUGACAGUCCCAUUACUAAUGAGCCACUCAUUUUCACCGGGGCAUCGGCACUCCCUGGGCCAAUAUAUGGGGGGGAAACAAGACCUAAUGCAGAGAUUGGGCUAAAGUUAAUCUCUACUAACACAGAUCAGUUGUGUGGCUGGGGAGCUCUGACCCCCAAAAGCAUCCAAGUUUUCAACACUCCUCGGUGGGUGUUGUUCUUCCUUUGUGUGGCCUCUUUCCUCCAGGGGAUGAUAAUCAAUGGCUUCAUUAACACAGUGAUCACCUCAAUCGAGCGACGCUUUGAUCUGCGCAGCUACCAGGCUGGCCUCAUCGCCAGUUCCUAUGACAUUGCUGCAUGCGUCUGCCUGGCCUUUGUCAGUUACUUCGGUGGUACAGGUCACAAGCCCCGUUGGCUGGGAUGGGGAGUACUUAUCAUGGCACUGGGUUCUCUGAUGUUUGCCUUGCCUCACUUUACUACACCUCCCUACCAGGUCAGUUUACCCGAGCAAACAGGAAUGUGCUCUACUAACCGUACCAGCCCGUGUCAGAACAAAGAGGCAGGAGGACUGUCCAGCUAUCGCUUUGUGUUCAUGCUUGGCCAGUUUUUGCAUGGUAUGGGCGCUACGCCUCUCUACACAUUAGGGGUCACAUACCUGGAUGAGAAUGUCAACUCCAACUAUGCACCAGUUUAUAUAGGGAUCUUCUACACAGCAGCCAUUGUGGGUCCAGCAGCCGGUUACCUGCUGGGUGGUUACUUCCUCAACAUGUACACUGAGAUCCAUCUAACGCCUGAGAUGACGCCAGAGAACCCUCACUGGGUUGGGGCUUGGUGGAUUGGCUUUUUAGCAGGAGGAGCAGCCGCUCUGCUGGUGGCAUUUCCCAUCCUGGGCUACCCACGGCAACUACCAGGCUCUCAGGAGUAUGUGACCAUGCGUGUGUCUGAGGCCCACCAACUUAAGGAUGGAAGCCACACCACUGCCUCAGACCCUCAGUUUGGCAAAUCAGUUAAAGACAUGCCAAGAUCUGUGCUGCUUCUCCUAAAAAAUCCCACCUUCCUGUUCCUGUGCUUGGCUGGGGCUACUGAGGCCACCCUCAUUGCUGGCAUGUCCACUUUUGGUCCAAAGUUCUUGGAAUCACAGUUCAGUCUCAGUGCAUCAGAGGCUGCCACAUGGUUUGGAUAUAUGGUGGUACCAGCAGGAGGUGGGGGCACCUUCUUGGGUGGCUACAUUGUAAAGAAGUUGAACCUGCGGUGUCGAGGUAUCAUCCGCUUCUGCAUGAUGUGUGCCAUGGUCAGUCUGCUCGCCAUCUUCAUCUUUGUCAUCCACUGCCCCAAUGUGCCCAUGGCUGGUGUCACAGUGCCUUACCAGUCUGGUCUGAAGACUAAACAGCAACUGGACCUGUACAAAAAUGUGUAUGACAGCCCAAGUAAACUGUAUCUCAGAAACAGCUCUUCCUUAGAUGUGGGCUGUAAUGCAGGCUGUAGUUGUGUCAGAGAGCUCUACAACCCAGUGUGUGGGGCAGACGGUGUGAUGUAUUACUCCCCUUGCCAUGCUGGCUGCACCUCCAUUAACCACACCCAACUCUCAACGGGCAAACAGGUGUACUCUGGAUGUAGCUGUGUGGUGGGUAAUGUGUCAUGGGAUGAGGAAGGCUUCGCUCUGGCAGGGAAGUGUGGCAGCUCUUGCCAUCACAUGCCAGCCUUCCUCUCCUUGCUUUUCAUCAUUAUCAGCUUCACCUUCCUUUGUAGCAUCCCAGCACUCACUGCCACACUCAGGUGUGUACCUGACAGUCAGAGAUCCUUCGGACUUGGUAUCCAGUGGAUUGUAGUGCGCACACUUGGUGGUAUUCCAGGACCCAUAGCUUUUGGCUCAGUGAUUGACCUAUCCUGCUUAAUGUGGCAGGAUAAGUGUGGCGAGCAGGGAUCCUGCUACCUUUAUCACAAUUCAGCCAUGAGCCAGUACACACUAGUAGCUGGAAUCCUCUAUAAGGUUUUGGGGACCAUCUUUUUCCUGGUAGCCAGUAUCCUGUACCAGCCUCCCCCAGAGUCACCACAAAGCAGCUGCGAGAACACCGACCAUAGCAUGGAACACUUGAGCGACCUUCCUGUCAAAGAUCUCCCUGAGGACGGCGUUAUUGUCAACCUGCAUGCCAGGCUAUGAUGGCAGGGAUCAUCUUGUGUAUGUGUAUGUGACAAACACCCCCAGAAUGCCUUCAUGCACACACAAAAAACACCAUGACUUACAAUGGCACGUGAUGACGUCUAACAUGCUGCUAUCUUGACAGAAAACCCUGCUAUGAACGCGUGGGUGUGAGUGUUUCGUAGCAGGGCCAAGCCACACAGGUUUUUAUGUAGUUUUUUUAUGUACUAAAAUUCUACAGAUCUCUAUAAUCAGUUCAAUUGACUCCAUACAGUGUGAGGUUCAUGACAUUUGUGUUUCAUAAUUCAAUAAUCCUCAAGAACCAAUGAAACACCUCAGACCUUUGUGGUAUACAAAGCGUUUACAGUGUGAACAAAAAAAAAGCAUUUAUACCGGUCGGUUAUUUUCCACAUUACUGGAACAAAAUUACAUAUUUUGUUUUUUUUUCCUACAGACAAAGCAAUGGCAUGUUAUACUCUACGAGAUCCCACAGCCAGUAUUAAUAAAACCAAAUUAACUUCAUAUUGCUUGAGUCAUUUAAAGCCAAAAGUCGUAAAAGGCUCAUACCUACACUCACUUUUUAGACAUUCAAAAGGGAAAUAUUGCCUUAUUUUUCUCAUCAAUCUUCACUCAGUAUCCCACAUUAACAAAUGCACAACACAUUUUUGAUGUUUUGAAAUAUAACACUAUUUAGAACCUUAAUUCUGUACUUCAAUGAACUUCUUAAAGAUUAAAUACAGCCUCCAGUCUUCUUAGAUAAAUCUCUUCUGGUUUUGGAUACUUGGAUUUGGACAGUUAUUGGUAAAUCAUUUUAAGAUAUGUCACAGCAGAUAGAAAGAUCUGUGCAAUGCUAUCACCACAGUUAUCCACAGGUCUUGUCCUGAAGGGAUUCCAGCAUUGUGGUCUGCCAUGUCAGUAACUAACCUUAGCUUCAUGACUUUACUGAAAUUACUCUAUGCUUGAUUUUUUUCCCUUCACUCCAUUAGCUACACAAUAAACAGUAGAGUAAUAAAAUGCUGCUUCAGUGGGCGUGUCCUCAGAGAUGCUUGAUCAUCCUCCAUCCUCACUUACAGUGAUUAUAGUCACCUUGCUGUCCAAGGUACUUUCUGUUUACUUUCUCAGUUUGAGUUUUGGUUGUUUUAAACUUGUUUCUAUUCACGGGAAUUAAGGCUGCUGUAGUCACAUUCACGUUCAGAGUGCUAAAAAUAGUUUUAUGCCCUUGUCACCAGAGAGUUACAUACACUGACGCAGAGCUCUUUUUCUCUCUUUCUAAAAUCUAUCAGGCAAAAUCAGUUUACUGCAGGCAGACUGGAGGCAGUUUAUUUACUCUUAGCUACAACUUAAGAGCAAAUAAAGGAAACAAGAUAAUCACAGUUUGAAGGGCCAUAGCAACAACCCAAAUGCCCUUUUUAAGUGAUAUAUUCUAAUUACUGGUGGUAAAUUCUAAAACAACAUUAGGUCUGUGUAGGUUACUGAGGGUAACCUGAUGAUUAAUGCCACUUAAAUGUUCAGAUUUAUUUCAAAACACAAUAAAUUGUCUAAGAAGCUGAAGGUGCAGUAUACUAUCAGGAUAUUAUAUAUAUUAAUAUAACCACACCAGUAUAGCAGCACAAAUGUAUUUUCCAUUAGAAAAGCACAUGCAUAUCUAUAUAGUUACUUGGACGUGCAUAAAGAAGACUUGCACCACUUAUGGUCUUAUAAUAAAGAUUAGUUUGAAAUAAAACAAGAAAGACAAAACUAUGAUGUAUUUCAGAUGAAAUAGAGAGUUCUGUAUAGAGAUUAUUGCUCUGUUUGCCAAUUAAUUAAUAUUUUCUUUAAUGCUUCUUGCCCAUGGAAAUUGCUUGGCUGCCCAUUUAAAACAAAUGAAAAUGUGUGUAACGGCAGCAUUUAAAAUCUGUAACCUAUUCAGAUAUGAUGAACUUUGCCACAAGAAUUUGUGCCAUGACCAACAGACCUUUUUCACAAAAACCUGUUGACUUGUCUAGGCACAAAAAGCACAAUUGAUCAUCCCUGUAAAACAUGAAAGCUAGAAACCUAAAUCAAAAGCACUUAUUAGUUAUUAAAAUCCUUUGUUUUUACCAGCAUGUGGGGUCACUGUAGCUCAGGAGGUAGAGCAGGUCAUCUACUGACUGGAGGGUUGGUGGUUCACUCCCCGGCUGCCCCAGUCUGCAUGUCGAAUAUCCUUGGGCAAGUUGCUAAAUCCUAAAUUGUAUGAAUGUGGAGCUGAAUGUUAGCUAGAAAGCACUUAAAAACGUAGCAUGUUGUAUAAAGCUCGUUGAGUCCUCUGGAAGAGCAGAAAAGCGCAAUAUAAGAAUCAGCCCAUUUACCAUUCAAUUUGCAAUGCACCUCUACAACCAGAAGGUGGCGUUAGUGGAUUAGAAAUAGUGAUAGAAAUAGUCGCGAAAGAAACGGCUCUUAGAGCCGGAUCAUUUGAUCCUUAUCACUAGCCAUAAGUUUUGUUUUCUUUCUCUCACCCUCUCUCUCGCACUUUUUUCCCACUUCACGGGAGCCUUGUGCUUUGUGCUGGGAAGAGGGGGGAGGGGCAGUAGUUACACUCCCACAGGAAUAGAGUAGGAGGGAGAGAGAGAGAAAGAGACAACAACGUCACAUUAGAAAGGUGUAGUAAUCAUCCACAACUAUUUUCAGUUGCAGAUGAUAAAGGAUUCAGAAAGUUUAUUCAUGCAGGCCCAU